CUUCCUUGGCCAUCUGCCGUCGGAUUCAGGCCCCCCCAUCGUGACUUGGUCGCAGCCAUGACUCAAAAGGCGUUUGAUGCGGGGCAGGUCCUCACGAAGCUCUCGCUCGACGACAAGAUCCGGCUUUGUUCGGGUGCUGACUUUUGGCGCACCUACUCGGAUGCCUCGGUGGGCCUCCCCUUCUAUGCCAAGCUCACCGACGGGCCCAACGGUGCGCGCGGUGGGGGCGACUUCAACAACUCGACGCCCGCCGCGCUGUUCCCCUCGCCCUCGUGCCUCGGCGCGACGUUUGACGUGGCGCUGGCGCGGCGCAUGGGCGAGGGCAUCGCGCGGGACUCGCGCUCGAAGCGCUGCCACGUCAGCCUGGCGCCGACGAUCAAUAUCCAGCGCGACCCGCGCGCGGGCCGCUUCUUUGAAUCGUACAGCGAGGACCCCGUGGUGAGCGGCGAGAUCGGCGCUGCAUGGGUGCGCGGCUGCCAGAGCGUCGGCGUGGGUGCGACGCCCAAGCACUUUGUAGGAAACGAGGCCGAGACGGAGCGGAUGCGGUCGAGCUCCGAUGUGGCGCCCGCGGCGCUCCGCGAGGUCUACCUCGAGCCGUUCAAGCGCAUCUUCCGCGAGCUGGCCAGAGACCAUGCGCAGAAGAGAGAAAAGGGCGGGGCGAGAGGAGGGAGCGAGGACGUGUUUGGAGGGCAGCCGGCGUGCAUUAUGACGGCAUACAACCGCCUCAACGGCUGGUCCUGCAGCGAAAACGAGGCGCUGCAGGUCGGCAUCCUCCGCAACGAGUGGGGCUUCAAGGGACUCGUUAUGAGCGAUUGGUUCGCUUUACAUGCGCACGGGCUCCGUGCGACCAACUUGGAAAUGCCCGGCCCGUCCCUUCAUCGUCGGUUGGACGCAGUCAAGCAGCUGCUCAAGGAGGGCAAAGUCACGACAGAGGACAUUGAUCGCAAUGCCGAGGCCGUGCUGCGCCUCUUGAAGAAGGUCAGUCCACUCGGCUUCAGCUCCUCGCCCGACAAGGAGCAGGAGGAGAGCAUCGACGAUGCCGCGAUCAACACAUCGAUUCGCCAGAUUGCCGCCGAGGGCGCCGUGCUCGUCAAGAACGACGAUAAUAUCCUUCCACUAGAUCCCAACAGAGUCAAGAAGAUCGCCUUGAUUGGCAAACCGUGGACAGACGCGAUUCAGUCGGGCGGAGGAAGCGCAAACCUGACACCUCAGAAGGUCACUGCGCCGCUCGACUGCCUGCGUGACACCUUGUCCAGGGACGGCCAUGCUCACGUCGAGCUGCUGCACCACUUUGGCACGGAGAUCCAUCGCUUCCCGCCCAAUCCUUCUUCGCACGCGCUCGAGGGCAAAAAGGUCCGGCUCGAUUUCCUCAAGGAAGGGCAGCCUGUCACCACGACCGAGGUCGACUUGCCCUUUCUGGACCGCUCCGCUCCGCUCCCGGGCGAGGAAAAGGGAGAGAAGGUCGACUUCGACACGGUCAAGGCGCAAUUCCAGCUCAAGGGCAGCGAUGCUGGGACCUACCGGCUCGGUCUAAUUGCGUUCGGCACCCUCAAGGUGCAAGUCGUCAGGGAUGGCAAACAAACGGACGAGUGGGACUACCAGGGCGAGAGAAGCUUCUUCGACUAUGUCCUCAACCCGGCACGAGUCUGGGAGCCAAGGCUGUUCGAGAUGGGCCAAGAUGAGGCUGUUACGAUUCAGCUUGAGUACAGCCGAGAAGCCUUUUCGAUGCCAGGUAUAUCUCCAGAGGAGGCCUAUGCAGCUCGAGCCUUUGGAUUCCGCGUCGGCUUCGAGCGGCAGAUUGACGACGAGGCCGCUCUGAAGGAAGCCAGCGAGCUGGCUGCCAAGUGCGACGUGGCCAUCAUCAUGACGGCCACUGGCAAGGAAUUUGAGUCGGAAGGCUUUGACCGUGACACGCUCAAGCUGCCUCGCAGGCAGGACGACCUGGUCAAGGCUGUGGCAAAGGUCCAGAAGAAGACAGUGGUACUCAACCAGACGGGCAGCGUCGUGGAGAUGCCAUGGAUUGAUGAGGUCAAGGGCAUCAUCCAGGCCUGGUUUGGCGGUCAAGAGACCGGCUGGGCCAUCUGCGAUGUCUUACUCGGGCACGGACGGGCGCCAGCCAGCGGCCGGUUCGCCCAGACAUGGGCUAAAUCACUGAAAGACCACCCCUCCGGCCAGCACAAAGACGAAUUCCCGGGCACGCACCGUGCUGGUGACAUCGAGGGCCCGCACGUCACCUACGCCGAAGGCAGGCUCGUUGGCUACAAGUGGUAUGACCGCCGGUCUGUCGAGCCCCUCUUCUGGUUUGGCCAGGGCCUUGGUGGCUACACGACAUUCGAGGCCAGCUUUGCCAACAAGCAAGAAGGUCCUCUGACUUUGACGCGAGAGACGGGCGCAGUGCCGAUCAAGAUCCAGAUCAAGAACACAGGCAAGCGAAGCGGAAAGUACGUGGUGCAAGUGUAUGUCAGGCGAGCAAUGGCAGCGGACCGCGAGGAAGACGAACCGAACCAAAAGCUCGCGGCUUUCCUGGCCGUACAGACCGGCGCGGGUCAAACGACCGUGGUGGAUCUCAAAGUCGAGAAGGAGGACGUGAGUUCGUGGGACGAGGCGCAGAAGAAGUGGCGCGUCGAGGCGGGCCAGUAUGACUUGAUACUGGCCAAAUCGGCAGAUCCAAGAGCCAGCAUCGAGGAGGUACCUUUACAGGUCGACCAGGGAUGGGUCUGGGAAGGCAUCGGAGACGUGUAGAAGACCAAGGCGCAAUAACAAAGACAGGCAGACUGGACAAUGGAAGUAAUGAAUGAUUGUCAUGUGAUGAU